AUGUCCCAGAACAAGGGUGGACGGAGGAGACGGUCAAGCAGUAUCAUUUAUCAGGAGCCGCCGGAAUCCAUUGAGCGCACCAGCGACCAGGCUGCCUUGCCCAAUCUAAAUGCGAACUGGGUCAAUGCCAAGGGUGCCUGGACCAUUCAUUUCGUUUUAAUCGUUGCCUUGAAGAUCUUCUACGACAUUAUUCCCGGGGUCUCGCAGGAGACCUCAUGGACCCUGACCAAUAUCAGCUACAUGUUCGGCUCGUUUCUUAUGUUCCACUGGGUGCGGGGCAUCCCUUUCGAAUUCAAUGCGGGUGCCUAUGAUAAUCUCAACAUGUGGGAGCAAAUUGACAACGGAGAUCAAUAUACCCCGACGAAGAAGUUCUUGCUAUGCGUGCCGAUCUGUCUUUUCCUUCUCAGCACGCAUUAUACCCAUUACGACUUGACGUAUUUCACCAUCAACUUCUUAGCUACUCUGGGAGUGGUCAUUCCGAAGCUUCCAUUUUCCCACCGACUGCGGAUAGGUCUUUUCUCUCCCGAACCAGAGGAGUAG